CUUUUCCCAAUACGGUCUUACCUUGAGUAAUAUACGAAUUACUAAUAACAAAGGCUGCUGCUGGAAAAAGGACCAGCGAGGACGCCCGAACGCUGUCACACGCCCACAGCAACCGCACAAAUGCCGAAGAAUGGAGACGCCGGCAACCGGAGUGGUUCCGGGACAACCAGCGACGGCUGCGUUUAUCCGGACGACGUCAUAAUGGGCGUUGGUGUUGCAUUCAAUGUCCGGUACACGGGCUGCGUUGAGGUGAAGACCUCUAUGAAGUCUCUUGAUUUUGAGACCCGCACUCAGCUCGCGCGGGAGUGUAUCAACCGGGUUUGCGAGGCCGCAGGCCUAAAGACCGCUGGCAAGCGAAAGUUAACCAGCUUCAUAUCGGAUCGCCCCAGCAUGCAGCACGCCGGCACCAACAUCGUCAUCAACGUCUCCAGCCGUGCUCUGUCCCUCAGCAAUGUGGAAACAGGCGAGGUUAUAGCCAAUCAUAAUAUGCCCCGCAUUUCGUUCGCCUCCGGCGGCGAUAACGACACCCUGGACUUUCUGGCCUACAUAGCCAAAAACGAGGAUGAAUGGCGAGCCUGUUAUGUUCUGGAAUGCGCCGGUGGACAGAGCGAGGAUCUUAUAGUAACAAUUGGCAAAGCGUUUGCCCUGCGCUUCAACGCUCUCAGUCGGCUAAAUGAUCCAUCGGGGGAUUGCAACAUCAAUCAGAGUUGCAAGGAGAAUGUUAAGGAGUAUUACAACGAUUUGCCCAACAAGCUGCCGCCCGAGCUGCCGGAUCAACAACAGCAGCAGCAGUUGCCACUGCAUCCACAUGCGCCGCGUGUGGCACAGCUUAAUUUGAAGAAGCCGCGCGAUCGCCUGAGCAGCAAUCUCAUCGACCUCAACUCCCCGCCUCCCGAUCAGACGACCAAUAAACUGGGCCACUUUGAUCCACUCCAUGCGUCUACCACGGCUGCCAACUCAGUUUUGGCCACAGUGCGCGAUGUGUUCGAUGGACCGCAGUGUCCUCUCACCGCGGAGGUGUGGUUCCAUGCGGGUAUAUCUAGACCAAUUUCGGAACGGCUGCUGCAGCAGGAUGGUGACUUCCUGGUGCGCGAGUCCGGGGGAAAAAGGGGACAGUAUGUGCUUACCGGACUGGAGGGCAAGACGCCUAAGCAUCUGUUACUCAUCGACCCCGAAGGCGUGGUCCGUACCAAAGAUCGCAUCUUCGACAGCAUAAGCCACCUGAUCAACUAUCACUGGUUGCACGCACUACCUAUCAUAUCGGAGGAUUCCGAGCUGGUCUUGCGCAAUCCGGUGCGAAGGCCGCAGCAAGAUCAGGCUGCGGCUCCAAUUGCAACACCUGCUUCCUAAAUCGGAGGGCACAAUCAUACAUAUACUUACCACCCCUCAUAUACACAACAUAUAUACAUACUGGCAUCAGCGUACACGCUUAGAUUUAAAUAUUGUGCACUCGUAGAGAAUAUCUUUUAUAUUUCGUCAGUAUAGGAACGAACCCAUUUAUUUAUGGAUUAAAUAUUUACAUAUUUACAGAUAUGUGCAUGUCUACAUUUUAAAUUCGAGUGCGAAUAAAGAAGAGAAACUUAAGCAUA